AUGGGAAACUGCAACGUGUGUGCGAAAGCUGAUGUGGUGGAAGAUAAUAGCAAGAAGUCGAGCGACGAGAGCCGCGCCCGGAAGAAAGAGGCGAACCGGAAAAAGCAGAACCCGUUUUCGGAUGAACCGGGGCGGUCGGCGGCGCCGAUCCGCGUUCUGAAGGACGUGAUUCCGAUGAGCCACAGAACUCGCAUAAGCGAUAAGUACAUAUUGGGCCGGGAAUUGGGCCGGGGCGAGUUUGGCAUCACCUACCUCUGCACGGACAGGGAAACGAAGGAGGCGUUGGCCUGCAAAUCGAUCUCGAAGCGGAAGCUGAGAACCCCCGUGGAUAUCGAGGACGUGCGGCGAGAGGUGGCUAUCAUGUCCACGCUGCCGGAGCACCCCAACGUUGUGAAGCUCAAGGCGACCUACGAGGACAACGAGAACGUGCACCUCGUGAUGGAGCUCUGCGAGGGUGGAGAGCUCUUCGACAGAAUCGUUGCACGCGGACACUACAGUGAGCGCGCUGCCGCCGGUGUGGCACGCACCAUCGCUGAAGUUGUGAGAAUGUGCCAUAGCAAUGGCGUUAUGCACCGAGACCUCAAGCCUGAGAACUUCCUCUUCGCGAAUAAGAAAGAAAAUUCCGCUCUCAAAGCCAUUGAUUUUGGCCUCUCCGUGUUCUUCAAACCAGGGGAGAGGUUUACGGAGAUUGUGGGGAGUCCUUACUACAUGGCGCCGGAGGUUUUGAAGCGGAAUUACGGGCCGGAGGUGGAUGUGUGGAGUGCUGGGGUGAUUCUUUACAUUUUGUUGAGUGGGGUUCCUCCGUUUUGGGCAGAGACUGAGCAAGGUGUGGCCUUGGCGAUCUUGAGGGGUGUGAUUGACUUCAAGAAGGAACCUUGGCCGCAGAUAUCGGAGAGUGCCAAGAGCCUUGUGCGCCGAAUGUUGGAGCCUGAUCCUAAAAAGCGCUUGACAGCUGAACAGGUGCUUGAACAUCCCUGGCUGCAAAAUGCAAAGAAAGCUCCAAAUGUUCCAUUGGGAGAUAUUGUGAGGUCAAGGCUUAAGCAGUUUUCUGUGAUGAAUAGAUUCAAAAAGAAAGCUCUGCGGGUAAUUGCCGAACAUUUAUCAGUUGAAGAGGUAGAAAUAAUCAAAGAUAUGUUUACAUUGAUGGAUACUGACAAAGAUGGCAGAGUAACAUAUGAGGAACUGAAGGCUGGGUUGAGGAAGGUUGGUUCACAAUUGGCUGAGCCAGAGAUAAAGAUGCUGAUGGAAGUGGCUGAUGUUGAUGGGAAUGGAGUACUUGACUAUGGAGAGUUUGUAGCAGUUACAAUUCACUUGCAAAAAAUGGAGAACGAUGAGCAUUUCCACAAAGCAUUCAAGUUUUUUGACAAAGAUGGGAGUGGAUAUAUUGAGCUAGUUGAGUUACAAGAAGCAUUAGCAGAUGAGUCAGGAGAAACUGAUGAUGAUGUAUUAAAUGAUAUCAUGCGUGAAGUCGACACUGACAAGGAUGGUCGCAUCAGUUAUGAGGAGUUUGUGGCAAUGAUGAAAACUGGAACUGACUGGAGAAAAGCAUCUAGGCAAUAUUCAAGGGAGAGAUUCAAGAGUUUGAGCCUAAAUCUGAUGAAGGAUGGCUCGCUUCAGCUUCAUGAUGGCAUUACUGGUCAAGCUGUGGUGGUUUAG